GUCUAUAAUUGGUACAUAUUCAUACAACACUCUUUGAGCUUUAGCUACUUCUCACUGUCAAUACUAUCAACUGCUUCAGAGUUUAAUCCUGCUUUGCACACAACGACUGUCCAGGAGACUGACCGACUUUGCGCAACUCUUAUCCGACCAACUCCAAGAUACAACCAGCGAUGACGGACACCGAAGGAUUCCGGUUCCUUGACCUCUCCAAGGACAUCCACCUCGAGAUCUACGACCUUUUCCUUGCCGAAACGCGUUGCUAUACAGUACAAACGAUACGUGGGCGAGCCAUCCCGCGCAUUAGCGUUGCCACAAAGCGCAUCCCAUGCAUGGGACUGCUCACUACCUGCCGACAGAUAUAUCACGAAGUCUCUAGCAUGCUGGCUUCAAAGUUGGAUAGCGAGCCACUUCGUAUUUGUACGAAUUGGGAAGAAAUGUGUAUCCCCACUAUGAAUCUUCUGAUGGUUUGUACACCAGCAUUUGUCACCGUCGAUGAUCCUGUCUCACGCGUCGAGCGCUACCAUUCCAGCGGCCAGGUCGGCCUCCAAACUCCGAAUCUGCGCGAAGUCCUUCUUCUUCACAACGCAAUGCCCAGUGGCCCAAAGCUCAAAGUCGAGUUCACCGUUGAGCUUGAUGAUGAGCUUCUACGUCCUGGAAAUCUACAGUCGAUGAAAGAAGCUGUUCAGAUAUUCUACCGCUGGCUUGGAGAGAUGAACAACAAUCAGUUGCUCAUUUCUGAAGGCAGUCCCAUUGAUAUUACAAUCCGGCCUAAGCCGAAGACAGAAACAAGCAAGAAAUUACUGAUCAGGGAGCGACUGUUCGAUAAUGAAGCGUUCCCGAAGGAGUUCUGGAUAGGGAAGAUGUGGACUUGUCAGGUCGGUGAGUGCAUGACGGAGAGCGAGUGGCAACGCAACUGGGAGGAAGGCAAGCAUUUCGGAAAGUUGGAGCGGAUGUAGCAGCUACAUGACUUCGCAGGAGAUCAUGACACAGGAGAA